AUGCACUUAACUUGGGGUCGAUUAUUGGCCGGUGUUUUAAGCAUAUCUGUAUUUGUCUGUUUGAUUCUUUAUAAUUCACUUGAAACACAAACUUUCGAACACAAUCGAAGUUAUGAACAUCAAGAACUCGAAUUAGAAAAGCUAGAAAAACAAAUCAAUCUAUUAGAAGAUGAUGCGAAAAGGAGUGGUCAGCUGAUGCAUAACAUGCUACAGAAGGUGCUUGAAGAACGUCAGCAAUUAAAAAGUAAAAAUGGCAUAGAAAUGGAAGGUGAAGAGAAAGGAAGGAAAGUUAUAGAUCAAGCUGUUGUUGGUUUUUUGCCUCCUCCAAAAAAAGCUGAAGAAAUUGAAAAAGAUGCUCGUAAUGCCGAAGAAGCUGCGCAGCAGAAAGUUCAAGAAGAACAAGCAGUACAUGGAGUCAUUCAUUCUCCGGAAAAAUCACAGGAGGAAGCAGAAAUGCUAAAUAAAAUAGGUGGAAAGAUUGGUAUUGUUAGGCAGUUUUCAAAUCGCCUUUCUUCUGCUUCACCUUAUAGCAUGUGUUUUUCGGCUAUGUCUAUGACAACACCCGAUGAUAAUAAUAUCCAAAUGUUAGACAUAUAUAGUAAACUACCGUUUGAUGAUCCGGAUGGUGGAGUCUGGAAACAAGGUUACGAUAUUGUGUAUAGCCAAUCAUCGAUACGACGUGAAAAAAAACUUGAAGUAAUUGUAGUACCUCAUUCACAUAAUGACCCAGGCUGGAUAAGAACUUUUGAAGAAUAUUAUGAAACUCAAACGCGAAAUAUACUGAAUAAUAUGUUGAAUUCUUUGCAAAAAAUGGAUGAAAUGCGUUUUGUUUAUGCAGAAAUGAGCUUUUUUGAACGAUGGUGGGCGGAAAUUGAUGAAGAAAAGCGAGAGUUAGUAAAACAGCUUUUGAAAUCACAAAAGUUGGAAAUAUUAACCGGUGGUUGGGUGAUGCCUGACGAAGCUACUUCACAUUACUAUGGAUUGAUUAGUCAGUUGAUGGAAGGACAUGAAUGGAUUCAGAACCACAUUGGAGAAGAUUACAAACCAAAGAAUCACUGGUCUAUCGAUCCUUUCGGUUUAAGUCCGACAAUUUCAUAUUUUAUGAAAUUAUCCAAUUUUUCGAAUGGUGUACUUCAAAGAGUUCAUUAUUCGGUGAAAAAGUAUUUAGCAGAAAAGAAAGAGCUAGAAUUUAUGUGGAGACAGUUAUGGGGCAAUCGUGACAAUUCAACAGAUUUUACUACACAUGUAAUGCCGUUUUUUUCGUAUGAUAUACCUCAUACAUGUGGUCCAGAUCCGAAGAUAUGUUGUCAAUUUGACUUUAGACGAACUGCUAGAGGUGAUAUAGAUUGUCCAUGGAAAUUGCCGGCAGUUGAUAUUACCGAGAAUAAUGUUAAGGCGAGAGCAGCAUUAUUGCAUGAUCAGUACAGAAAAAAAGCACAACUCUUCAAGACAAAUGUCGUUUUGGUACCAUUGGGUGAUGAUUUUCGUUAUGACACUGAAUUUGAAUGGAAUAGCCAAUAUGCAAAUUACAUGAAAUUAUUCGUCUAUAUGAAUGCGCAAAAUGAGUGGAAUGUAAAUGCUCGUUUCGGGACUCUGAGUGACUAUUUCCGUUUAGUUCAUGAACGUUUGCACGAAGAUAACGAUCAUUUACCAGUUCUGUCCGGCGAUUUUUUCACAUAUGCCGACCGAAAUGAUCAUUAUUGGAGCGGAUAUUAUACGAGUCGACCGUUUCACAAGCAUUUUGAUCGUGUUUUACAACAUUAUGUCAGAACUGCUGAAAUUUUAUAUAGUUUUAUGGGAAUGAAAGGACUGGAGAAAGAAAAUGCAUUACGACUAUUUGGAUUGCUUGUGGUCGCUCGACGUUGGAUGAAUUUGUUCCAGCACCAUGAUGCCAUUACCGGCACUUCGAAAGAUGAAGUUAUGGCUGAUUAUGGCCAGAAAAUGUUUGAUGCGAUGAAAAAUUCCGAAGAAAUUAUACUCACAGCUGCAGGCUUUUUGCUUCGAGGAGAGGCAUCACGAAAUUCUUUUAACCUUUCGAGCCUUUCGAUGGAAGAAAACCAUCGCACUUUUGAAUCACUUCCGGAAAAACGAGUUGUGAUGCAUGGAAGCGAAGUUAUCUUAUUCAAUUCACUGGGAAGCCUACGGAUGGAAACGAUAUGUGUUCAUGUUAAUGCUUUGAAUACGGUAGUAGUGUUAGCUUCGGAGCCCAAUGUAACUGUUUUGCAACAAAUCGGUCCGGUUCUUGAAUUCGUUAACAACAAAUGGGUUAUCGAUUCAAAGAAAUAUGAGCUUUGCUUCGUUUCCCGCAUACUUCCGUUAAGCUUCCAGAAAUAUUUGUUUAAAUCCGGUGCUCAACAUGACAAGGCCGUGAUUCGAUUGAAUUUUACUGGGUUGCAGAGCAGCGACUUUGAUGUUGCGCCAUUGGGAGAUUUUACAUUUGAUAAUGGUUUAAUAUCAGCAGCAUUUGAUCCAAAAACAGGUUAUUUGGAUUCUAUAUCAUUAAAACAAGGGAAGAAUAUACCAGUAAAAACAUCGUUCGUAUGGUAUGGAACGAGACCGAAGAGCCCAUUACCUCUGAAAGGCACCGAUAAUCCUCCUGGUGCUUACUUAUUUCUACCAAAUGGUCCAGCAAAACCAGUGAAAAUUAAGCAAUCAUUUAUAGCUGUUCAAGGAAUAAUAAUGCAAAAGGUGUUGCUAGCUAAUGACGGAAACAUGACUUUUACUCAUGUUGUAAAAAUCCCACUAUUAUCACCGUCGAUAGAGAUCGAAAAUACAUUUCAUUUGGAUAAUGUUCAGAAUGUUGAGUUAGCAAUGCGAUUAGAAGCGGGAAUUGAUAAUGGAGAUGAGUUUUUCACUGAUCUUAAUGGAUAUCAGAUGGUGAAACGACGCAGAUUCAAGCAAUUACCACUACAUGCCCAUUUCUUUCCAAUGCCUUCUUCAGCUUUCAUAGAAGAUGAAACGUUACGGAUGACGCUUCUAAGUGCUCAACCUUCAGGAGUUGCAAAUCUUGCUAGCGGACAGAUGGAUAUAAUGUUGGAUCGACGCUUAAAUCAGGAUGAUGGAAGAGGCCUUUUUAGUGGUGUAACAGAUAAUAGAAAAACAAUAAGUUCUUUCCGGCUUCUGUUUGAAGUUCCUUCUCGAAAUGUUCCGGUGAAUACUAAAGCCAGCGUUACUGCUUAUCAUUCCCCGCAUACUUAUGGUCGGAUGUUAUCAUUGUUAUAUCCACCUGUAGUAUUGCUGACUAGUUUGAGUGAAGGCUAUGCCAAUAAUUAUAAGUUGAUGAAUACUGCAUUCUCAUGUGAUAAUAUGCAUCUGAUUACUUUACGCACCUUAGCAGCUCCAACGAUUUACGGUGCUCGUUCGGUUCAUAUUCAUACUCCUCGUAAUUCAUAUGGUCUUAUUUUGCACCGUUUUGGUGUCGAUUGUCGCUUUACUACUGAAUUGUUGGAAACGUGCAAUGCUACGCUUAAUGUGAAGCGUUUAUUCAUGAAAGCACCUUCACGUGUAACGGAAACAUCGUUAACAAUGUUAUACGAUCAUCCUGGUGACGUGAAUGACGUGUUAUUAGAACCAAUGGAAGUGCGAACAUUUAGGCUGGACUAUACAUAA